ACAAGUCACAUCGACUACUGUUUAAAAAGACGCUGGGAUACAUUUAUGAAUCAGUCUAUUUCAGACACUCGAAUAUACGGAAUAAAAAAGAUUUUUUUAUUUUAUUUUUCGUACAUUUAUUUAACGAAAUUAAUGAAGUUUUAUGUUGAGAACAGGAAAUCGAUUUCGGAAAAGUUAAUCAGUGAACGUAGGAAAAACCUCAACCGAAAGAAUUUAAUAACAACUUAAAACCAGCUCAGUUGCGGAUUUCGUUUGUCAAAUUUUGAAGUCAACAAUAUGGUUGUGAAUGGUGGAUAUGCCAAAGUGAUAAUUACGUUAGAACUUUUUCUAACUGUUUCUUAUGGAUUUAUAAUUACGGAUGAAUACGACGAUGGCGAUAGAAUAACAGAUAUCCCAAGAAUAAGCAUGAAAAGGAACCAUGACACACAACACAGGUCUGUUCAUCAUUAUGCAAGACACGGAUUAUGUCGAACAUUCGCGGGUAAACGAUACCUCUAUAAAGCAAUGAAGACAAAAUUAUGCGGGAUGAAACUGUCGUUCACAGCAAAUCUCGUUAUAGAUUUAUGCCGCCAUAGAAAUAUAAUGCUGGACAAAUGGGUAGCGGAACUUUUUGACAUUGAUGGUGAUGGUUAUAUAUCACAUUUCGAGAAAAACUUCUAUGUAGGAGACAACUGAAAUCAGUGGCAUAGAAUCAAGGACAACAACACUUAAAAUAUAUCACCAUUUCCGAAAAAGUAUUUAGGUGUUUGUAACGUGACAAAUGACAGUUUGUUUACAGGCUAUGUUGUGAACUCAAAUAUUGUACAAUAUCUUCUAUGCUUAAAUAUUUAUGUUGGGAAGCCGCUGUGCUUGAGGGAGACGCAGCGCAAAAUACAUAUAGCAACAACAUGUUUUAAACAUGUUUUAUUCAACAGAAAACUUCAUCAUUCUGUGAACAUUGAAAAAGAACAAGCUUCAUUGUUGGUCGCCUAUUUGCAUAUAAAUUAUUUUCUUUAAUUUAUGUAUUUUUAAUUUCUUAUUGAUCAAUUUAUUUAUUUAUUUAUUUUAAAUGUGUGCUAUUUUUAUUUUCAUUUUUUUUAUGUUUUAAUUAAAUGUUUAAAAUGUUUUAUUACCUUUUCGCUGUUAAAUGUUUUACACAUGUUUACCUCAACAAAGUCAGUAUUAUUUCCGUAUUAUUCCGUCCAUUUUUCACUGUUAUACCAAUAUAUUUAAACGUUGAAAUAAAACAUUAAACAACAAAAGAGUUUCUAUUGGUUAUAUUAUAUUAAAUGGCCGAUAUUUAUCAAAUGUUAUUUACUGGAAGUUA